AAACGGUAAACACACACGAAUACGUGCCAAACAAAAUGCUACCAGGUGGAUGACGUGUAUUUAUGGGUCCUUCGGACUUCCGGGUGUGUGUAAACAGGCUGCCGACGGAGUCUUCGCGGAAAGAUGUCUAAAGUAACGUUUAAAAUCACCCUGACGUCGGACCCCCGGCUGCCAUACAAAGUACUAAGUGUCCCGGAGAGCACACCAUUCACAGCAGUUUUGAAGUUUGCAGCUGAGGAGUUCAAAGUGCCAUCAGCGACCAGUGCAAUAAUAACAAAUGAUGGAAUAGGAAUCAACCCGGCCCAGACAGCAGGGGCUGAGUGGCAGGUGAUGGGAGAACAAGACAGGCGUCCAAAAAGCUUAGACUGAAAUGCAGAGGUCCCAGAAUGUGUCACGGCUGAGCGCUCUGUCCUGCGCCAAGUUUCCGGAUGAACUGCUGCACAGGUGGACCCGUGGCUCACGGUGCCACCUGGAUGAAGUCCCGACUUGGACUCGCACAAGAGGAGAACGCCCUCUGAUCCGCCACUGCAUCGGCCCCGGCACUUUUCCAGGCUUCCGCAAGUCCAUCGUGGCUCCCAGGGAAAAACCUUUUAGGGCAGCCUCCAGAAAGACCAAUGACACAACACCGACUGCUGGCUCCGCAGAAUCUCCAGGCAGAUGUUGGAUGAUGAUGUGGCUGGGAGUCACUGCAACCGUGAGAGUCCCUUCAGUUGAGAUGAGGCAAUGC